CCGCUGUCCUGCACCGGGCGGUGUGCGCAGCCGGACCCACACCUCCCCAGCGGCCGCAGCCCUAUAAAUCCCCCAGCCCGCCCGCAGCGGACAGCGCUGCCCGGCACCCACGGAGGCUCCUCGAGCUGGAGCUGCUCACCGUUGACGCAGAAGAAGCUCUCCUGUGACCUAGGCCCUGUGCACAGCACGGCGCUGAGUCGCGUCGCGCCGUGCGUGCGGAUCGGAUGCGUGGGGGGAGGAACAAGUUUGGGCCCAUGUACAAACGGGACCGUGCCUUAAAGCAGCAGAAGAAAGCGCUGAUCCGCGCCAACGGCUUCAAGCUGGAGGCAGUGCCGCAGAUCGUGUCACCUGUGCAGAACGACUAUGGGCUGUCCUCCACCAUCCACAGCAUCCACGCUAUGGCCAAGACUCUGCCGCCCAACCCCGCUGCCCUGACGCCUGCUGACUAUGAGCGCGGCCCCUACGGGACCCCCUCCCUGGCCAUGACUGUGCCCGGCCACACGCCUCUCGCUGGCUACCACUACUCCUCCUUCCCAAACCGCGCCAUCAAGUCUGAGUACCCCGACCACUACAGCGCUGCGCAUGAGGCCGUGCCAGCCUAUGCAUACCCAGAGACCUACCCCAGCAGUUCCCCACCUGACAUACCCGAGGUCAUCCUGAAGCUGCUGCAGCUGGAGCCUGAUGAGGCACAGGUGAAGGCGCGCAUCCUGGCCUGCCUGCAGCAGGAGCAGGGCAAGGGCCGGCAUGAGAAGCUCAGCACCUUCGGCCUCAUGUGCAAGAUGGCCGACCAGACGCUAUUUUCCAUUGUGGAGUGGGCACGGAGCUGCAUCUUCUUCAAGGAGCUGGAGGUGGGAGACCAGAUGAAGUUGCUGCAGAACUGCUGGAGUGAGCUGCUGGUGUUUGACCACGUGUACCGGCAGCUGCAGCAUGGCAAGGAGCACAGUGUGCUGCUGGUCACUGGGCAGGAGGUGGAUCUGUCGGCGGUGGCGGUUCAGGCGGGCUCCAUCCUGCACUCCCUGGUGCUGCAGGCACAGGAGCUGGUCCUGCAUCUGCACUCACUGCAGGUGGACCGACAGGAGUUCGUCUGCCUCAAAUUCCUGAUCCUCUUCAGCCUUGAUGUGAAGUACCUGGAGAACCACACGCUGGCUAAGGACGCUCAGGAGAAGGCCAAUGCAGCACUGCUGGAAUACACAGUGUGCCACUAUCCGCACUGCACGGACAAGUUCCGGCAGCUGCUGCUGCGGCUGACCGAGGUCCGGGCGCUGAGCAUGCAGGCAGAGGAGUACCUGUACCACAAGCACCUGAGUGGAGAGGUGCCCUGCAACAACCUCCUCAUCGAGAUGCUGCACGCCAAGCGGACUUGAGUGCAGUUCUCACAUGGACUUUGCAGGGCUCCACACAGCAAUGGGGCAGGACACGCACCUGAGACCACCUCUCCACCCCACGCCUCUCAGUGAUACUAUUUAACCCAUGCUAUGGGAGGUCCCAAAUGACUUAUUUUAAUACAUGGUAAGGAUGGUUAACGGUCACAGGGCCGUGUGCUUGACAGCUGGACUGCCUUGCCAGCACUGCAGCCCUGCAGACCCUGCACAGUCAGUGCCUGACUUGCUGCCUGGCCCGGCUCUGCAAUGUGAGCAGGGGAAAAGCCUAUCCCGGCUCUGCUCCCAUUUCUGCUCCUCUCCUGCCAUCCCUGUACUCUCUCUCCACUGCUGCCCUCCCACUGCCCAGCGUGCCCCCCAGGGACCCUUGGCAUACAGGGCAUGGGAAGAAGUGAGCUGAAAUCCCUCUCGGUUGUGGGGUUUCUCUUUGCUCUGGCACUGGUAUAACGGCAGGGGAUUUCUACAGCAGCAAAGCUGAGCCCUGGAGCUAAGAAACCUGCUCCUGUCUGCUUCCCCAGCACAAAGCAAGGCACUGCUGACCCUGGGAAGGUUCUGUUUUCUUAGCACUUGCCAGUAAUAGGGCAGGAAUUGGGGUUUUGCAGCCCUUGGCACCUGCAGUACCCAAAUCCCACAAUAUGUCUGGGCCCAGCUCACGUCCAGGGACUUGUCCCUGGGACACUUCAGCAGGACAGGAGAGGGUGCAGGGGCAGAGGCACCGCCAGGCACCCACAGCCUGGGCAGAUUCCUGGAGCUCACUCCAGCUACCAGCCAUGCUUAUGUGCUGCUGAGGGAGCAGCCAAAGGGCAGGACAGGGACAGAGAUGGACACCAUCCCCUCGCUGCCUGCAGGUGAUACUGAUGGAGGCAGCACUGCAGGCAGCAGGGCAGGAGGGAUGCUCAGGGCCCAGCCUCAUGCUGUGGGCACCCGGACAGUUGCAGCAGCACGUGGCAGCACGUGCCCAGGGCUGCAGCUGGAGGCCAUGGCAGCACCACUGACACUUGGGCAAGGAGGAAGCAGAAGGGCCAGCACUGCCUUGUCCCCAGGUGACAGCAGAGAUGCUGGCUUUCCUCCUGCGCUGGGCUGCGGCUUAGCAGGGCAGCACAGAGGCUCCAUCGCAGCCUCCUCCUGCCCUGCAUUGGGUCCUCACCAGUGCCCAGCACAUAGCCCUGCCAGCUUGGUUCAGGUGUUUUCCCCGCUGUCCCAUUUGGAGGGGACACUCAUACUCCGCAGCUCCACGCAGUGCUGGGGCUCGAGGAGCUCUCAUGCUGCCAGCCGCCAACCCCAACUUGUUAGAUACAGAAGAGCAUGUUUGUUUUUGCUUUUCAACGUUUGUGCAUUUUCCUCCUGAAGUCUGUGGUUCAGUUUCACCUUCUUCUUUCUGUGAACUUAAAGAACUGGAGAAAAUGGUUUGGGAGGUAAAAGAUUUUAUUUUCAGAAAAUGAAAAGUGUCCUUAAGUGUCUCUCUCCCUUUCUCUCUCUCUCACACAUCCUUUCCUCUCUUCCAUCCCUCUCCUCCGUUGCUCCCCAACCUUCCUUCCCAGGCAGGAGGUUAUUAACUUCCAUGUCAGGAGUAAACCACUGUAAUAAAUUUUGCAGUUCAUUUAAGAAGGCA